AUGGGUAAUUUGUGUCUUAGAAAGAAGGAGAAAUCCUAAUAGCCCUAAUACAACAUUGCUGAUGAAAAUCACAUCACCUAUACUCCUGCCACUUUAGAUGAGUUAGAAAAAAAAAUUAAAAUUGAAUCAUAAGGUAUGUACAAUUACCAUAUUUUAGAUGACAAUAGCUCGGAAGCUUUGAUAUUGAAUGUUGACAAUAAAUAAGACUAGUUUUAAUAAGGGAAUAACCAAGCGACGAUUCAAAUUCUUAAUGAUCUAGAUAAGGAUGCCCAAAAGCUUAUUAAACAAGGAGAAAUAGCUAAAGCAGAAUUAUCAAAAAUUAAAUAAUAGUAAAUUGAUGAUGCUGUUUUGAAUAUGGAGCAACAGACAUUGUAGUAAAAUCUUCUAAACAAGCCUUAAGAAAGUGAUGUAUAAAGAGCAUAGUUUGAAGAAGAAAGAAAUAGAGAGCAUUAGGAAGCUUAAAAAAAAAGAGAAAAGUAAUAAUAGGAAGAAAUGAUUCGAAAAGAAAAAGAAGCUGAAAUUUUAAGGUAGUAAAAAGAGCAAGAAGCAAGAAUUGCAUAAGAAUAAGAAAACGAAAAAAGAAGGUAACUUCAAUAAGAAUAGGAAAGAAUAAGAAUUGAGUAAGAGCAUGAAAGACAAAGAUAACUUUAAAUUGAAUAAGAGGCUCAAAAAUUAAGAUUAAAAUAAGAAGAAGAGGAAAGAAUUAGAUAAGAAUAAGAAGCUGAAAGAUUGAAAAUAAAACAAAAAGAAGAAGAACGAAUAAGAUAAUAACAAGAGGCUGAAAAAUUAAGAUUAUAAUAAUUGGAGAAAGAGAAAAUUAAAUAAGAAUAAGAGGCUGAAAGACUCAGAUUAAAAUAAGAAGAGGAAGAAAGAAUAAGGCAAGAAUAAGAAGCUGAAAGAUUGAGAUUAAAAUAACAAGAAGAAGAAAGGAUUAAAUAAGAAUAAGAAGCCGAAAAAUUGAGAUUAUUAAAAUUAGAAGAAGAAAAAAUUAGAUAAGAACAAGAAGCUGAAAAAUUGAGGCUUUAAAAAUUAGAGGAAGAAAGAAUUUAGUCAGAAUAAGAAGCUGAAAAAUAAAGGCUAUAAUAAAUAGAGGAGGAGAGAAUUAGAUAGGAAUAAGAAGCUGAAAAGUAAAGGCUUUAAUAAUUAGAGGAAGAGAGAAUUAGAUAAGAAUAAGAAGCUGAAAAAUUGAGGCUUUAAAAAUUAGAAGAAGAAAGGAUUAAAUAGGAAUAAGAAGCUGAAAAAUAAAGGCUAUAAUAAAUAGAGGAGGAGAGGAUCAGAUAGGAAUAAGAGGCUGAAAAAUUGAGAUUAUAAAAAUUAGAAGAAGAAAGAAUUAAAUAGGAAUAAGAAGCUGAAAAAUUAAGGCUUUAAUAAUUAGAAGAAGAAAGGAUUAAAUAGGAAUAAGAAGCCGAAAAUUUGAGGCUUUAACAAUUAGAAGAAGAAAGAAUUAGAUAAGAAUAAGAAGCUGAAAAAUUGAGGUUAUAAAAAUUAGAAGAAGAAAGAAUUUAAUAAGAAUAGGAAGCUGAAAAGUAAAGGCUUUAAUAAUUAGAAGAAGAAAGAAUUAAAUAAGAAUAGGAAGCUGAAAAAUUGAAGCUUAUAUAAUUAGAAGAAGAAAGAAUCAGACAAGAAUAGGAAGCAGAAUAAUAAAAGCUUAAAUAAUUAGAAGAAGAAGAAGCUGAAAAAUAAAGGAUUUAAUAAUUAGAAGAAGAAAAAAUUAGAUAAGAGUAGGAGGCCGAACAAUUAUAAUAAUAACAAGAAGAAUAGAAUUAAAAUGAAAACUUAGAUUAAAAUAAAAAUAAUCUAUAUAAAUUUGUUUGGGCUCAAGGAGGUAGCAAGGUUUUGAUAACUGGAAGCUGGUUAAAUUGGACAGAUAAAAUCGAAUUAAUAUAAAUUGAUAAUAAAUUUGAAAUUGAAGUAUAAUUACCUUCGGGUAAGUAUGAAUUCAAGUUUAUUGUAGACGAUGAUUGGAAAGUCAGCGAUUAAUAUGAGUAUGAUGGUUAAAAUAAUUUCAUCAUUAUUUGA